UUGAGUUGCAGGGCACGAUGGCUGCGGACAGUGCCUUGCUGCUGUCUCUGGUGGAGGAAUAUGUCUCAGGACUACAGGACAGCAAGGCCAAAGAUACAGCAAAAGGUGUCAAAGAUGGACAGUUUACAGUACUGCAGCUAGUGGAAGCACUGGGGCUGAGUCUGACCAGCUCUCAGCCUCACACUCGUGCCAGAGGAGUGCAGCUUCUCUCGGAGGUUUUACAGGAGUGUUAUGGAGGUCUUACUGAGAGAGAAGUGGAAGUGCUCAUCGCCUUCUAUGAAAACCGUCUAAAGGACCAUUACGUCAUCACGCCCCCUGUUUUACAGGGGCUCAGAGCACUGACAAAAUGUACAGUGUUGCCUCCUGGUUCAGCUGUGUCCAUGCUGAGGUCUUUGUUCCAAGAUGUUCAUGUUCAGUCUUUGAUGCUGGCAGAGAGAGCUUGUGUCUACCACAUGCUCAUCAACCUCAUGGAGACCAGAGAAGCCGAACUGAAGGGUUUGGGUGCAGACUUUGUGUUUGGUUUCGUCCAGUCAAUGGACGGAGAGAGGGAUCCUCGCAACCUCCUGUUAGCCUUCCAGGUUGCCAAGAACAUCAUCCACCGAGGUUAUGAUCUAGGUAAAUUCACAGAGGAGCUGUUCGAGGUGACGUCCUGCUAUUUCCCCAUCAACUUCACCCCUCCUCCCAAUGACCCCCACAGCAUCACCAGGGAGGAGCUCGUCCAGAUGCUGAGGGACGUCCUCGCUGGGACGCCACAGUUUGCUGAGUUUCUGUUACCUCUCAUCAUUGAGAAGCUGGACUCAGAUGUUCUGAGUGCAAAGCUGGACUCGCUGCAGACUCUGACUGCUUGUGUUUCACAAUAUGAACAUAAGGACUUGGCAGAGUUCCUCGAGGGACUGUGGGUGUCACUGCGCAGAGAGGUGUUUCAGACAUCUAGUGAGAAGAUUGAGUCUGCUGGCCUCGCUGCUCUUACCGCACUCACUUCCUGCCUGUCUCGCUCAGUCCUUAACUCUGACUCUGAAGACUCCCUCUGCACCUUCCUGGAUCUUGUUCUCAAAGACUGCAGACAUCACCUAUGUGAGCCGGACCUGAAGCUCGUGUGGCCCAGCGCCAAGCUGCUACAGGCUGCCUGCAGCGCCUCCAGCAGGGCGAGCCACAUCAUAACAUCUGCUGUCAUGCCCUCUCUCAUCGAGCAGUACAACAGCAAAACAGAGUGUUCCCACAGACGAACAUUACUGGAGGUGGUGCAGCGUUUUAUCCAGUCAGUAAAAACCUGCCAGUCUUCAGAAAAUGAAGAGAGCGUGUUUUUAGCCUUCCGCCCGUCUCUGUGCAGCAUGGUGUUUUCAGCUCUGACAGAGACUAAUGCCAGUCUGCAGAUCACAGCCACCUCUGUGCUCACCUCACUAGCACAACAAACAGGUCUGCUGCUGGACUCCGAUAUUGAGCUGGCUGUAGAUCACCUGACCAGACUGUUGCUGACGGAGGAGGACAACAGAGUCAGUCUUGCUGUGGUUGAGUGUGUUGGAGCCCUAGCAGAGUUGCACCCAGCAGCCUUUAUCGCUAAACUGAUCCCAAGACUAAAGAAGGAAAUGUUUACAGAGCACAUGGAUCAAGACAACAACAGAGAAGCUUCUGAGCAGCAGUCCCUUCAGGCAGUGCGCCAGCGUUGUAUGUCUGCACUGGCUGCGAUGUCCACCCAACCCGGUGUUGUCCAGGAGAGCACACCUGUCCUCUUGGAGGUCCUGAGCUCAGCACACACAGGUAGUGUUGGUUUCUCAGUGGAGGAGGUGGUGGCGGCGUGUCACAGCCUCCAGAGAAUAGCAGAGCAGGUUCAGGACACAGAGGAGACGGGACGAUGCUUCCAUGACGUCAUCAUCCCACGCCUGCUGUCUCUGGCUCUCCAGGCAGCACUGCAGGGUGAGGGGUCAUCUGGUUGUCGUAGUCCUCUUUUGGAGGAGGUGGUCCUGUCUGCCAUGGUCCCCGUCAUCAGUACUUCCUGCUCCAGGCUACAGCCCACGUUGGCGGGACAGACGGCGUUGAAGGCUGUGUCUCUCUUCCUGGAUGGUGAUGUUUCCUUUUUACCCGACAACUCCUUCCCUUCACACAUCGGGCUGCUCAAGAAGCAGCAGGGGGACUCAUGGAGCCAGUCCCAGAUGGUUUGUCUGCUCAUGGGAUGUGUGUGUUCGUUACCUCGCAGUGUGGAGGUGCCUCAGAUGGAUCAGCUGCUGUCACAGCUGGAGGAGAUGAGUUGCACCUGCAGCCACCCGCUGUCGUACACCUCGGCUGCAAAGUGCUUCGCUGGCCUGGUUAAUAAGAGAGCACAGGGUGAUUCUCUCGACAGCCUUAUUCAGAGCACGAUGAAGAGAGUGUGUAGUGAGUUGGACUCUGCGUCUUCAUCUCUACGCAUUCAGGCUUUCACCCACAUGAUCUGGGUUGCCAAGGCUCUGCUUCUCAGAUACCACCCUCUGUUCACAGCACUGACUGACAAGCUCUUCUCUCUGCUCGACGACGCUGACCUCGGUCCGAUGGCAGCAGACGGCUUCUCGCUGCUGAUGAGUGACUCUCCCGACGUCCUGAACCGCGGUUGCCACGCCGAUGUUCGCAUCAUGUACCGUCAGCGCUUCUUCAGCGAGAAUUCGGCCAAGUUGGUCCAGGGCUUCAACGCUGCGCCGCAAGAGAAGAAGCCCAACUACCUGAAGGCUCUGUCUAACAUAGUCAACAAACUGCCCAAGCAGGUUCAAGUCACUGAACUACCAGCGCUCCUGUCUCUGCUGUUGGAGGCCUUGUCAUGUCCAGACCGGGGCGUCCAGCUGUCCACCCUGUCCUGUCUGGAGCCUGUCCUCGUCGACCCACCACCAGCGCUCAUACAGCAGCUAGAGGCUUUGGUCGGCAGGCUGCUGCCCCUCACCUCCAGUCCAUCUAUGAACGUAAGGAUCGCCUCAUUGCGGUGCAUCCAUGCUGUUUCCCUCUUCCCCGUUCAUGAGGUGUUGCCGUUUCGGGCCCGAGUGCUGCGAGCUCUGGCCCGGCCUCUGGACGACAAAAAGAGGCUGGUGAGGAUCGAGGCGGUUCAGGCAAGAGCAGAGUGGUUCCUGUUGGGAAGUCCUGGGGGAAGGUGAUUGUAGUCCUAUCCCAUCUUCCCUAAUAUUGGAAGAACACAGAUGUGGGAAGAUCGGACUCCAGGACCAGGUACCAAGGAUCAAAGCUGUGCAGGCCACACAACAGCUCCCUCUCCAGGCCCCACACCCCCCCCAACUUGUCUUUGGAUCUUCCAGAAUCCCUCUAUCCUUCCUACUGUCAUCUUUUCAACCACAAUCCCUCCACCCUUCAUCAUAUCUCCCUUUUUACUGAAAUGUUUUUGUUGCAACUGUCUGUAUCUUCAUUAACGCACAAGUAAAAGUAUAUGGACCGACUGUGGAGCCUUGUCUAAGUUUAAAGAAUGAAAGUGAUCAGUUUGUUUAAUAUGUAACACGCCUCAUGUAUGUUGUCUCUCACUGUGUAUUGGAGAAAAAGUAACAUCAGGUUGCAGGGAGGCCUUUUGGUUAUUCAUAAUUUGAAAAAAAAAGUGCAUUCUUUCACAAGAGCCCAAAGUUUUCUCUUUUAGGUUUCCUGCUGUGCAGAUCAACAGCUAAAACAAAUCUCCAGAAAUGAUUAUGUAAUCCUAAACACAUGAAGCACAGUAUUUUUGAAUCUUUAGAAUGGUCAUUUGAAUAAAUAGGAUUAAUCAGUAUUAUCAGUUGAUUUUCUGGCAAUUAACUAACAAAUAAUCAAAAAAUGGCUACUUAAAAAAACAUAAUCAAACUUUAUAUAGUCUAGUAGGAAAGGUACAGAUGAUUAAGUUCUAAAAUUCAAAAAGGCUCUUGUUGAAUGCACUUUGAAUGUGUCAACUGUGUUCUCCUCAUAUAGGAGUUGAUACUGAACUGAAGUGAUCUCUGAACUGUGAUAGCAACAUUUUCUUGUUUUACUUAAUUUUGAGACUCAUCAAAGAUGACCGCUUCACUGCAUAUAAAGAUGUGGACUUGCAGCACUGAACCCAGCAGGCACGGACAGCCUUUUAUCUUCUCAUCUGGAUGAAUGUGUAACUGAGCAGUGAUCUCUGAACAACGGCUGGUGUGUUUGAUUCGUGUCACUCCGGUGUGCCCAGCUGGGUGGGGAAAAUUUAGAUGUGCCAAUUGUCCUCGCGCAGGGUGACCUGAAUCCAGCACUUCUAUAUGUCUCACACUACCACUGACGUGGGUUAAAUUUUAAGAUUUUACAUAAUUAAAUAUCUCUGAGGAUAAGUGUACAUUGAAUUGAGAUUGUAAGUUAUGUGAACAAUGUGUCAAACAUCUUCCUUGUAUUCUGUCAAUAUUUGAACAAAUACUGAUGCUAUUUCAUAGCUGAGUCAUUGUAGUAAGGUUGGCUGACUUUGGACCUCACAUCAACUUAUGCCAAGGAAAUAGACAAUAUUUAAAAUGUCUAACUUAAAAUGUCAUUAAAACUUUUCUUUGUAAUUAUACAAAAA